AUGCCACCCCCUCAUAACCCCAUGCUAGGCUGUACAUAUGGCUUUUGGGUUUCGCUGCUGCUGCUUAAAAGAACCCUGCACCCCCACCCAGCACGCCCACCUCCUCCUGCCCCUGCCCUCCCCGCACACAACAUCACUCCUUUCCCUCCAACACACAACAAAAAGAAGUCCUUGACUGGCCUCGCUCUAGUCUCCUCUCCCCUCUACGCACUUCCUCCCCUCACCAUGAAGGCUAUCAUCCUCGUCGGCGGCUUUGGUACUCGCCUCAGGCCCCUGACCCUGACUCUCCCCAAGCCGCUGAUCGAGUUUUGCAACAAGCCGAUGAUCGUCCACCAGAUCGAAGCUCUCGUCGCCGCCGGUGUCGAUGAAAUCGUCUUGGCCGUCAACUAUCGCCCAGAGGUCAUGGUCUCCGUCUUGAAAGACACCGAGGAGAAGUAUGGCAUCCGGAUCACCUUCAGCGUCGAGACUGAACCCCUGGACACCGCCGGACCACUAGCCCUUGCCAAGGACAUCCUGGGCAAGGACGACUCGCCCUUCUUUGUACUCAACUCGGACGUCACUUGCACAUACCCGCUCAAGCAGCUCGCAGCCUUCCACCAAGCCCAUGGCAAGGAGGGCACGAUCAUGGUCACCAAGGUCGACGAGCCGUCGAAGUACGGGGUGGUCGUCCAGCUGCCGAACAGCUCUGCGAUCGACCGCUUUGUCGAGAAGCCGGUCGAGUUCGUCGGCAACCGGAUCAACGCGGGGAUCUACAUCUUCAGCCCGAAGGUGCUCGAGCGGAUCGAGGUGAAGCCGACGUCGAUCGAGAAGGAGACCUUCCCGGCGAUGGUCCGGGACGGCCAGCUGCACUGCAUGGACCUCGAGGGCUUCUGGAUGGACAUCGGCCAGCCCAAGGACUUCAUCUCCGGCACCUGUCUCUACCUCAGCCAUCUCAGCGCGCUCGGCGACCCGAACGUCAAGGACCAGGCCGCCCACAAAUGGGUCGUCGGCGGGAACGUGCUCGUCGACCCCUCCGCCGUCAUCGACCCCUCCGCCAUGGUCGGCCCCAACGUCGUCAUCGGCCCCCGCUGCGUCAUCGGCAAGGGCGUCCGGCUCCAGCGCUGCGUCGUCAUGGCCGGCGCCCGCGUCAAGGACCACUCCUGGGUCAAGAGCUCCAUCAUCGGAUGGAACUCCACCGUCGGCCGAUGGGUCCGAUGCGACAACACCACCGUCCUGGGCGACGACGUCAACAUCAAAGACGAGCUGCUCGUCAACGGCGCCGCCGUCCUGCCCCACAAAUCCAUCUCCGCCUCGAUCACAGAGCCCGCCAUCGUCAUGUGA